GCGUCAUGCGCCCAUGACGAGUGCGGCAGCCACGGUGCGGGUCAAGCCCAUCGAGCGCGUCGUCGUCGAGCCCGCGAGAGCCGGCGACGAGUCGGCCGACGAUCUGCCCUUGCCGCCUCGGCUUCCGUCCAUCUCUGCGCUCCUCAACGAGACCGGGACCCAGUCGCCAGACUCGGCUCCACCACCACCGCCACAAGGAGGAGGCCCGUCGAGCGUGUUCCCGCCGUACAGCGUCUUUGACCCGCAAGCCCCGUCGACCUACCGCCACGACGUUGCGCCCACAGCUCCCGACGCUGCCCCCUCGCCUUCCUCCUCCACCCCCGCCCUCCCUCCACCGCCUCACUACCCGCCCGUCGCCUCGGCACAUCCCGACACGGCCACCCAGGCCGGCAUCGCCUUCUCGCAGUCGCGCCCCAUGGCCCGUCCGCCCUCGCCGCCGCCCCGCCAGCUCACCUCGCUCGAGUUCCCCGACGGCAACGCCCUCCACCCGCUCCCGUCGGGCCUCCUCGCGACCAACGGCGGCCGGCGCCGCGCCACGUCGGCCUCGGUCCUCCCCCUGUUCGAGGCGGCGACGCCGUACGGCCGCCUGCCGGGCUUUGCGACGAGCUCGGAGCGAGGCGGCGCAGGCGGCGGCGCGGGAGAUGGGCCGCCCGACGCGCGAGAUCAGCAGCAGCAGCAGCACCUGUCGCAGCCGCAUGCGCAGCCGUCGCACCAGCAGGACAGCCCGGCGUCGCGCCUCGAGGCCCUGAGGCCGCGCGCGUUCUCGACCCCGACGCGCGAGGAGUACCGCGCGCACGUCGGGUGGGCCACAGCGCUCCCUCCUGUGCCCGCUCGUGCGCCGCUCCACUUUGCGGCGCGCCCCGACCAGGCCGUCGAGCAGCAGCAGCACCAGCAGCAGCAUCUUGAGCACCAGCUCCCGCUCCCGCACCCGCACCCGCAUCAGCAGCACGCGCCCGAUCCCGCCUAUCCACCGAUGCCGCCCUACCCGUACUACCCGGGCGUGCACGGCCCGCCAAGCCACGUCCACACCGCGCAGCACCUCCCGCCCGACAGCUGGACGCCCCAUCACCUCGCGCUCCCCUACCCGCCGCCUCCGCACCACCCGCAGCAGCAGCAGCAGCAGCAGGCGCCGCCGUCUCUCCCGACCCCGCCAGGCCACGAGCAGCCGCACCAGCACCAGCACCAGCAGUCGCUCCCAAUGCCUUCGGGCCUCGCCGCGCAAGGGCCGGCCUCGCCACCGCUCCCGUCGGGCGUUCAGCAGCAGCCGCAGCAGCAAUUGGCGGUCCAGUACUCGACGCACGCGACGGGCCUCCCCGGCCAGUCGGCGUGGCUCCCGCAGCCGCCGCCGUCGCUCGUCGCCUCGGCUGGCGCUGCCGCCGCCGCCGCCGCCGGCGAGUCACCGCAGGAUGCCGGGCGGUACGGCUGCCCGCAUUGCCCGAAACGCUUUGCGCGCCCGUCGUCGCUCCGGAUCCACAUGCACUCGCACACGGGCGAGAAGCCGUUCACGUGUCCGAUGUGCGACCGCGCCUUCUCGGUCCAGUCCAACCUCCGCCGCCACCUCAAGAUCCACAAGGGCGGCAGCGCGACGACGCCGACCGCGUCGAGCCCGACGCCGCGCAGCCUGCCGCGCCUCGCGACCGACCGUGCGACGCUCGGUGACGCGGCGGCGACGGCCGACGACGGCGCGGGCAUGUCGGGCAGCACGGCGUCGCGGCCUUCGAGCGGCUCGGCGGGCGGGCUUGGCGCGACGGGGACGGACGCCGAGGGUGAGGGUGAGGCGGAGCGCGACGAUGCGGCGAUACUCGAGGAGGACGAGGGGCAGGGCGAGGGCGAGGACGGGGACGUCGUCAUGCGCGACGAGGAGCGGCGGCAUGGCUCGGCGGCGGCGGCAGCGGCGGCGGCGGCCAAGGGCGACGAGCUGCGCGGCGGUGGGGAGGCGCCGCCGCUCGUCAGGACGGCGUGGCCUCGCGCGAGGGAGCGCGCCGACUGAGCCGAGCCGAGAUGGCCGUCGUCGUCAUCGUUGAGCGUCCGACGCUCGAGCCUCCUUUUUUCUCCUCUCCUUUCCUCUCCUCUCCUCACCCCUCCUCUCCCCCCUC